UAUAUAUAUAAGAUCUUGCUUUUGCAACGUGUGGAUUAUUUCGCGUUUUGAAUUUUGUUCCGCAUGUAUAUAUGAUAUACAACAUUUUUGAUAAUUCUGUCCAACUAGAAGCGCUGCAAUUUAUAAAAUACAGAAGUUUAUAUUGAAGAUUUCAUUCUAAUACACGUUUUAACAUGACACAAUUUACGUUUGACGAAAUAAAAAUCUUUGAAGAUACAAAGAAUGAUAUGGACAUCAUAAAAACAAUAACUAGCACAGAAUGCCAAGAAAACGCUUUUUAUAUCGCGGACAUUGGUAAUGUCAUACAGAGACAUCAGGAAUGGAUCGCCAAGUUACCCAGAGUUAUCCCACACUUUGCAAUUAAAGUUAACCCGGAUCCAACGGUGAUUAAAGUUCUGGCAGCUUUAAAUGCAUGUUUCGAUUGCGCAUCUAAAAAAGAAAUAGAACAAGUAAUGCAACACGGAGUACACGGCGACCGAAUUAUUUUCGCGCACCCUACUAAGCAUCCGUCUCAUAUAGAAUAUGCUAAGAGAAUGAACGUCAAGCAAAUGACGGUUGAUAGUGAAAACGAGCUGUACAAGAUCAAGUAUAUCUUCCCUGAAGCUAAGGUAGUCAUACGUAUACGUUGCGACUCAAAAGACACGCCAGUGUCAUUGGGGCACAAAUUCGGUUCCGAACCGGACGAAGAAACCGUGCGCUUGAUACAGCUCACGAAAGAUCUCGGUUUGAAUUUACACGGCUUUAGCUUCCAUGUCGGUAGCCCGUGCGAGGAGCUCGAGGCUUACGCCAGAGGGAUCGCGUUGUGCAAACAAUUAUUAUUAAAUAAGAAAUUAGCUGCGUAA